AUGGACCUAUCGCAGCGGAUAUCGGUACGCCGGCUCUCGGAGCUGCCCGACUUUCGCGCUAAUCUGGCGCGGGACGUCGGCGAGGGUCUCCGGGAUGAUCCUAGAUGGUUUUCGACCAAGUACCUGUACGACGAGGAGGGAACGGCGCUGUUCGAGCGGUUCUCACGACAGCCACACUACUACCUCUUCUCGGCAGAGACGGACAUUCUCCGUCACCGCGCCAGAGACGUCAUGGAGGCCGUGAGACCGCAAGAAGUGGUCGAGUUGGGAUCCGGCGCCUCGACAAAGACGCGACUAUUGCUAGAGGCAAUGCACGAGACCGGAUGCUGUCGCUACGUCUCUCUAGAUAUCUCCGAGAGAGCCCUUCGCACGUCGGCCGAAGAACUGACGGCGGAGUACCCGUGGUUGCAGGUUGACGGGUACCUCGGCGACUUUGACACGGAUCUCCCGAAACUGUCCAGGAAAGGGCGUCGCCUCCUCGUCUUCCUCGGAAACACGGUCGGAAACUUCCGGACGCGGCCACAGCGCAUCGAGUUCCUCCGAAAAAUGUCCUCUGUUCUCGUCCCGGGAGACGCUCUGAUGCUCGGCUUCGACUUGCGCAAAGACGUCGGAGAAAUCCUCGCCGCGUACGCUGACCCAGAGGGCGUUCAGAGACAGUUCCUGAUGCGCUCAGUAGCCAUCAUGAACAACAAACUAGGCGCCCGUCUACCGGACGGAGGAGAACACUUUUCGAUAUAG